AUGACUGAUGUGCCCAUCCCCCCAUCCGGUGGAGCUCGAGCUUCAUACCCCAUCUCCUCUAUUCCACGACGCUCCUCCUACGCGUCCGUAGUCUCCGGCAACGCAUUUUCAACCUCAAGCUCUUUCUCUCACCUCCUCAGCGACUCCCACUCAAUCCCCUACCCACCUUCCGACACCCGAGUCCACCGGACUCUGUCCGGCGUGGAUGCAGACAUGCACAUGAACUCCGCCUGGAGGAACUCAGGAUCGCCAGACUCGCUGCCACACUAUUCCCGCAAGUAUGCCGGCUUCCUACGCUCCGACCUCCCUCCAAGCCUAGGCCUGAAUGACGGGCCAGGCUUCAUGACCCCAUCCUACCUCCGCAACUCUCGCUACCUCGCCCGUCUCGAGACCGCCCAUCGAGCCAAGCUCGCCGCCCAACAACGUGAUGCCGCCUCUUCUUCGACCUCUACUUCGAAUCCGCCGCUCUCAGCUUCCUCUAGCAAUGUUCACUUGCCCCGCAUGGCGCCGUCCCAUCGUGGAAUGACCUAUGAGAUCAUCGAGAAGGAACCGCCCGUCACGGAUACGCUUCAACCGCUGCCGACGCAAUGGAGCUCCGAUGAUAAAUGCUCCGCCCUGGAACUGUCAAAUGAUAGUCUUGAUGUUCGCUAUGCUGGUCCGGUCCAUAAACAUGAUAAUGAAGCUGCCGCGCUGCGCACUGAUCACCCUAUGCCGCCACAGUGCGGGAUCUACUACUUUGAGGUGAAAAUCGAAUCUAAGCCUAAGGAGGGCAUGAUUGGUAUUGGGUUUUCAAGUCCCAAGGCGAAUGUCGAGCGACUUCCGGGUUGGGAACAGGAAUCCUGGGCUUAUCAUGGUGACGAUGGGAAAUCGUUCUUUGGUGAGAAUCAGGGUACUGGCCGAGCAUAUGGUCCAACCUUUGGUGUUGGUGAUACCGUAGGAUGUGGUGUUAAUUUCUCUACCGGGGCUGCGUUCUUCACCAAGAACGGUAUCUUCUUGGGAAUCGCAUUCCACGAACUCCGCAAUGUGAAGCUGUAUCCAUCUGUCGGAAUGAAGAAGUUGCCAACUGUACAUCUGAAGGCGAACUUUGGACAGGAGCCGUUCGUUUUUGAUAUUGAUGGCAUGGUCAGGCAAGAGAGAAUGGCGAUUCAAUCAGAGAUCAACGCUACAAACACGGCUAACCUCCAACCGCCGCUGGACGAGUCAACAUUGUUGCAAGAACUAGUAGCACAAUUCCUGGCCCAUGACGGCUACGUUGACACGGCUCGCGCUUUCGCAGAAGAGGUUGCCACCGAAACAAUGGCUUUGGAAAAUAGGCGCAGCGAGCCAUUAAAGAAAUAUGAAGUGGAGGAGGAUCGCGAAGCUAUUAACCGGAACAAAAUCCGUUCCGCAAUCCUUGACGGCGACAUCGACAAAGCCCUCAAACACACAAAAGCCUACUACUCCGACGUCCUAGAAGACCACCCAAGAAUCUACUUCAAACUACGCUGCCGCAAAUUCCUCGAAAUGAUGCGUCGGUCCAACGAACUCUCAGCAGCAACAGCAGCAGCCUCAAAGCAACGCCGCCCAACAUCUCCAGCUCUCUCCCACGAACAUGCAGUCUUCGACCAAGAAAUGGAACUAGACGACAGCAACGACGACCCCUGGACAGACGGCAUGGAAACAGAAGAUCAGGAACCAGAAGCAGUCGCGCAAUUCAACCAGCUCUUAACCGAAGCAGUCCAAUACGGCCAACAACUCCGUCUAGACUAUCCUACCCACGAUAACGGAGGCGAUAAGAAACUACUCGAUGAUAUCUUUUCCCUGGUCGCAUACCCCGACCCUAAGCGUUCUGUUCAUGGCCAUUACCUCGAUCCGUCGGGAAGGGUUGCCGUUGCUGAGGAGUUGAACUCGGCUAUCCUAGUUUCGCUAGGAAAAUCUUCUGCUGCGGCUUUGGAACGCCUGUAUCAGCAGACCGAAGUCCUUGUCAAUGAAAUUAGUGAAGACGGUGGCGCUGGGGCGUUUAUUAAUGUUCGUGAUGACAUUUUGCUUUAG